UUACCCAUAGAUGAUAGAUUUGACCAUAACCUCAAGUAUAACCUCUAAUAUUACUUCCACUAUAAAAAUUAUUCAAGGCUCUUAUUAUAAAAACUUAUUAAAUAAUAAAGUAAAAUGGCCUUAUCCCAAGGAGCAGCAGAACGUUUAUCAAUUGUGAUAGAUAUAGGGAAAACGAUUUUUCAUUACGGAUUCAUUCCAACAGUUUUAUACAUGGGUUUCCAGAAAGGAGCUGAUCCGGGAAUGCCAGAGUUAUCGAUAACCAAUUUGUUUUGGUAAAUACAAAACUACAAAUUACGAUGCUUAUGUCCAGAAGAUCAUUUUUAUUAGUUGUUGUUAGUUUUUAUUAUGUAAGUUUUUUAAAAUUCAUUAAAUUCUUCAUGUAAUAACUAUAAAGUGUAUCUCAUUACUGCUAUGGUGGUUGCUUGUAUUAAAGAUGUAACAGUAAGUAAAUUGCAUCACAGGAAUAAAAUAAUUUGUUUAA